AUGUCUGACCCUGAAGAAGCAUCUCCUGCUGGAGAGCGAGCGGACGACUAUGAGAACCCGGCCCCUGCCGUAGAAAACGAAAGCCAAAACGAAGACGAUGCCGAUGUCCCCCAGCUCGAGCAGCCAGAAUCACCGGAAGACCCAAGCUCUGUGAAUGCGGAGGAAGAGGAGAAGAACCAUGUCAUAGAUGGCACCCUCCUAGAGCCGCCUGUUCAGAAUGGGGAUAUUUCUGAGAUUACGUCGGCGGAUGCAAGCUCCAUCGAUGCGAUCCCGCGGAGAGCAGGGAGUCCCAUUGAAUCCGUCACUUCUGCGCCGGGAGACUCUCCCUCGGUCCAGGGCUCGCGCAUAUCCUCACCGGGCAGCAGUGUGUUGCCGUCAUUUGCCUCCCGUCCGGGCAUCAGUAGUCCCACGCCGUCCUUCCGACCCUUUGAUCGACGUUUCCAAUCCCGAAUAGCAUCAUUCAACACCCUCAGUCCUCGUCCAUCGACUCCUACAUUUGUGCCAAAUCACAGCCGCCAUGCCUCCUUCAACUCCAAUUUCCCGUCAGAGCAAGCCGAUACUGAUACACCGUCACCACCGUGGGAGGUUGUGAGGUGGACAAGGCUGAAGAAGCUAAACAGUUAUGCGUUCUCGGAAUCAGGGAGACGUAAUUUUGGAUCCCCUACCUGUCUUUCUGUGUCUGCAUCCAUUGUUCUGGGAACUUCUAAAGGAAUAAUCUUAGUUUUUGACUACAGUCAGAAUCUAAAAACCAUCAUAGGACCUGGUACCAAAGCUAUCGAAUCUGGGCCUAUCACUGCUCUUGCUAUAUCGGCAGAUCACACCAUUAUAGCCGGAGGCCAUGCGAAUGGCAACAUCUUCACCUGGGACACAGCACGUCCCUCACGGCCCUUUCUCACAAUCUCACAUCUGGAUGAAUCUCAGGUACAAAACAGGACUCUUGAUGGCCACAUGCCUGAUGCGCCUGUUAUUCACCUGGGCUUUUUGGGCACUCGACAUACGGCCCUUGUGUCUGCUGAUGGCCAUGGCAUGGCGUUCUCUCAUCUUGCCACGAGGGGUACUGGGCCUCUUGGAAGAACGGUCAAGACUACAAGAAUAUUGGGUCGAUAUCCGAAUGCGCCUAUGCAGCCGGGAAAAGUAAUAAAGCCUAGCACUGUCCUCGCCUUUGCGCCUCUUCCGCUGGGAAACGUUGAGCGCGAGACUGACAAGAUGGGACUGACAGCCAUGUUGACCCCUUAUUUGCUCGUUAUUGUGUCUACCACUCCAGUGGCACAGACGCAGCACAAGUCUGCACGCCCCAAGGAUGUUCCGGCUCACAGCGCCAUGACGGGUUGUUUGGCUUGGUUCCCUGCCGUAAAUCUCAAGGUUGCAGAUACACACACAGGAUCAACCACCUCAAAAGCUAAGCUGGCGUAUUGUUGGUCUAAUGUGCUUACAGUACUGGAUGUGGAUGAGAUUCCUGGCGACGAUAGUGAUCCGCCAUCAUUGAGAUUUAAAGCUCGAAGCAGGUGGAAAUGCGAAGAGUCUAUUGCUGCGGUGCAGUGGCUCAGUCGCUCCGUGUUGACAGUCUUGACCAUCUCUCAAAGAUUGAUUGUCCUGGAGGAUAGAACCAUGCGCAUGACUGAAGCAUUUGACUUAUUGGAGAGAUACAUCUACCAUACUGACCUUUUCUCCCAGCAGCUGCAUACCCUUGUGGAACAUUUAGAUGAGAAUGAUGUGUCCAUGCAUGGAGUUGUAGCCGAUGCGUUUUAUAUGAGCUUCAAGGCAUACAAAGGAAGAAUGUUCCUCUUAGGUUUCAACGAUGUUGCUAUAGGGGCAUUGUCAAAUUGGGCAGAUCGGCUAAUUGCCACAAUGGAGCAUGGCGACUACAUAGGGGCUAUCCAGCUGGCUACCUCAUACUACACUGGCGACGCCAAUAAACUGACAGUCGGCCUCCCUGACGAUACUGAGCAAAGGCACACCAUGGUUCGCGACAAGAUCAUGGAGAUUACGAGUGCCUCUCUAAAGUACGCCUUUGCACAAAGGCAGAAGAACAAGACGUCUGUGGAUAAUGACCAUUUGAAGCAGCUUGCCGAAACUUGCUUUGUGGCAUGCCAAACUGUUGGCAAUACUGACUAUCUGUUUGAUGAGCUGUAUGAAUGGUAUAGCGAUGCUGAUGUCGAGGGCAUAUUUCUUGAAACUCUUGAGCCUUUUGUCCUCGAUCAAACAAUUCGUAUCGUUCCGCCUACGGUGGUCAAGGAUAUGGUCAGCUACUAUGUCACCAAAGGCUGGGAAAGCAGGCUUGAGGAAUUGAUAUGCCAUAUGGAGACUGCCACUCUUGACUUGGAUCAGCUCACAAUCCUCUGCAAGCAGCACAAUCUGUAUGAUGCGCUUACCUAUGUCUGGAACCAAGCUCUGCAAGAUUACAUUACGCCAAUGAUCGACCUCCUUAGCCUUCUGGUCCCGUUGAUGUCGAACGGGGACUCCGUCCCUGAUAAUACGGCUGACGAUUACUACGGUGUCAAUGCGGUCAAGAUUUUCCCUUACCUCUCUUAUACUCUUACCGGUCGGGUUUACCCAAGCGGCGAAAUCAUGGACGAAGAGACGGCGAAUAGAGCCAAGGCCGAGAUUUAUUGGUUUUACUUUUCUGGCAAGACCAUUUCAUGGCCCAAAGGCAGUGGUAGAGAAUUUCUCACCAGACCCGACGCAGAAUCAGAGCCUGCGUUUCCUUAUUUGAGGAUGAUUCUCAAAUUCGACGCCCCGAGCUUCCUCAGUGCCCUCAACGAAGCAUUUGAAGAUUCCUUCCUUAACGACUCCACCGAGAAACAACUUAAUGGCAGUAGCUCCAGAGUAGACAUACCAGAAGAGCAGAUCUUUGGCCUGACAAUCAACCGACAAUACGUUUUAUCCAUCUUGCUCGACGUGAUGAAUCCGUCAGAUUUUGCACCGGCCGAUACCAUCUAUCUCGACAUGUUCAUUGCUCGAAAUCUUCCCAAGUUCCCCCAAUAUCUGCUCUUCUCUGGUACAACCUUGUCAAAAGUCCUUACCGGGCUCUGCAACUACCCUGGCCUUGAUCUUGCCGAGGAUGCACAACUGAGCGCCGAAUAUCUGCUAUCAGUCUAUCACCCUUCAGACAUGCCUGCGUUAAUGCCAUUGUUCAAGCAGGCAGGCUUCUAUCGAAUUCUGAAACGAAUAUACAAAGUUGACAAACAGUUCGGAAAGCUUGUACAGACAUUCUUUGAAGAUCCAGAAGAUCAGGACUUGGUGUUUGACUGUAUUGCGGAAUGUUUACGACCCCAUAGUGAACUGAGCCAGCGACAACAGCACGAAGUCUUGACCAUUGCCGAAAACCACGCAAGAGACUUGCUUGAAUUGAGCCCCGAGCGCUCGGCCUCAACUCUCGCUCUACAAAAGACGGAACUACACCAGCAUAUUCUCAAUUCCGCAGAAGAUGCCCCUGAGCUACAGCAUGCUUAUCUAAAGACGUUACUAGAGCCAGAAGAUCCGCUGGCAGAUGGACAGCUAACGCAUGAGCGGCUACUUGUUGAACGAUAUGUUCGACUGAUGUGUAAAUUUGACGCACAACACGUGUCGGACUACAUUGGGCUCGUCCAGUCGGUCGAUCUUCAACUAGACAAUCUGUUACCCACUAUGGAAGAAACGGGUGUGGUGGAUGCCGCUGUUGUGCUCAUGGCCCGAGCAGGACAAGUUGCCAUGGCCAUGGAUCGACUAGUGCGUCACCUGGGCACGCUCGAAUCUGCUAUGGAAGCACUUUUGCGCUCAUCCAGCUCACAAGACGCCGAAGAGGGCAGUGCACCGUCGCUAGAAGCCUCAGCUGAAGCUCUUCUUGAAAGCCUGCAGAACUAUGUCCAUGUUGGGAUUUGGUUAUGUCAGGAGCAGACAAAAUCUACAAGGAGAGUCAGCGUGGUGUCGAAGAAUAAGACUUCCCAGGAGAACCUGUCAGCAGAUGAAAGUCUCUGGCUGAACCUCAUCGGUGCCUGUGUACAGGUCACUCAAAAUCUUUCACCCGCCAUACAAGCUGCUGCGAGCGGCAGCGCCUUUGAUGAGGAGAAGCUCUUGGCGAAGCUGCGAUCGCUUGUGCAGCAUACGUUUACUUCGCUCCUUGUUUCUACUUCAAGGUCCAAUCUCUCGUUCCUACGAAUAUUGAGAGCGUUCCUUGCAAAAGCAGCAGCAUCAUCACCAAGCUUGGCUGAUCUUCGCAGUGUGCUUGCGUCCAUAUUCUCGGCUUACGCAUACGAGGAGUCUAUACUUCGUCUGUCGAACCGACUCCUGGAACGAAGUCUCUUCACAAGCGUGGAUACAUCUGUCGAACUUAGACAGCGCGGGUGGAGGCCGCGUGGUUCUACAUGCGAGGCAUGCGGCAAAAGAGUCUGGGGCCCAGGGCUCGCUGGCUCGACAGUGUUUGAGGCUUGGGAAGACAAGCAAGCGGCGGAAGAUGUGGCCAGACAGCAGAGGCAAACGCAAGUUGCGGAACGAGCCAAGGGCCACGCAAGAGUUUCAGAUCGUAGGAGUAAGGGGAAGAGCUUGGACAUGCGGCCGUCAAGCAUGCUCAUCGAGCAAAUCGCUGGAAAGUCGAAUAAAGACCAGGUCUUGGGGCCGCUCGUCGUGCUGGCUUGUCGACAUAUUUAUCACCAGACAUGUCUGGAUGCGUUGCAAGAGAAGCAGGAGAAUGGCGUCUUGCCUAGGGAACUUGAUUAUAAGUGCCCUAUUGAUGGAUAA